CACACACAGACAGAGAUACAGAGAGAUGGGUGAGAGAGCACCAGCUAGUGAGAAGGCAUCGGAGGAAGCUAUGGCAACAGUGGCCGAUAGAUCACCUGUUACUGCUGAGAGAAAGGUCCGAGCAGACUUGGAGUCUAAGCUUCCUAAGCCAUACCUGCCUCGAGCUUUGGCUGCACCUGAUACAGAGAAUGUGAAUGGUACAUGGGGUCACAAGCAUCACAACAUGUCUGUGCUUCAACAGCAUGUUGCCUUCUUCGACCAAGAUGGUGACGGUAUCAUCUAUCCUCAGGGGACAUUUCAAGGAUUCCGAAGCGUUGGUUUCAACGUGAUCGUUUCUUUCAUUGCGAUGAUACUUAUUCAUGGAGCAAUGAGUUAUGCUACACUGCCAACUUGGCUCCCUUCACCCUUCUUCCCUAUAUACAUACACAACAUACAUAAGGCCAAGCACGGAGGCGAUUCAGGGACCUAUGACACCGAGGGAAGGUUCAUUCCAGCAAAUCUUGAGAACAUGUUCAGCAAAUAUGCUCGUACAAUGCCCGAUAAGCUUACCCUGAAGGAACUCUGGCACAUGACUGAAGCCAAUCGCGACGUAUUUGAUAUCUUUGGCCGGUUUGCAAGCAAGUUGGAGUGGGGAUUUCUUUAUGCUCUUGCUAAGGAUGCAGAAGGAUUCUUAUCGAAAGAAGCCGUGAGACGUUGCUUUGAUGGAAGUUUAUUCGAGUAUUGCGCGAAGAUGCAGAAGGGUGCUGUUGGUAAGAUGGAAUGAUAUGUCUAAGUGAGCUUCAAUGUUUAAAUCCAGCUAAAGAUAUCAUCAUAUUCAUGCUGAAUAUUAUUACUUAUCAAAAAAGAAAAGAAAAAGAAAAUGCUGUUUUUCGGAAAAAUAAAUUCAGCAUUUAAAACUGAAUAUUGUAUACAUGAUUUCAAUACCAGUUAAAUGCAUGAUUUGUAACUUGUAAUGCACAUUGUGGCAGAAGA